CCUAGGAGUACUUUAAUUGUUUAAAAAAAAAAAAUCCAAAUGAAGCCAAUUGAUUUUAAAUCAGUAGAUUUCUCUUCAGCGACUUAACCCUACAAGUGCGAAUGCCGGUAAACAAAAAUAAACCUGACUUAACUGAUUUUUUCCCCCCCAAGAUAAGAAAUACAAAGCACUGAAAUAAUCGAGGAUGGAUUAUAUAGCAGUGAAAGCACAGAUCAGGGUAUCUGAAAUAAGAUAGGAGACCUGGGCUUUAUUCCCAUCCCAUUCCUAUGACAGACUUCUUAAGUGACUUUGAUAAAAGGUCCUAGAGAAAUGAAAGGUAUUAUUUUGUUCAGUGGUCUUGCCGUGUGACAGUACUCACGCAACCAGGUCUUGGUGAUCACAGCCUAGAGUGAUUAAUCGCCUGUAGAUCAACAAUUGAGAUGUGUGAUUGCCUGUGAUUCAUAGUGAUCUCUGGGAUGCUUGGUUAACGUGAUCAGCUAGGAAGCAACUUUGUUGUGUUCAGAGGGAGAAAAGGACUUCUGCUUUGUUUUCUAGGACUGUUCAGCUCAAGGUUAAGAAUGUUGACAGCGGAUAGGAGUGCCAAUUAGAGCCAGUUAUAACCUGACUGACCGGCUUUGGCCUAAAAAAUGCUUUGUGGAAUUUGCUGUGUCCUUGCAAGCUACAGAGUUUGCUUCCUACUCCCUGUGGAUUAAUAGAGCCCGCCUGUAGUGAUUACUCAGAUACAGCAAUCAAAAUGGGAAAUGAUGCUAUCGGAGCAUUCUUCUAUGCCUGUAAAGUCAGGAGUCCUUCAAAUCUGUUACCAUUAAGAUGCCGUCUGUAGCUAUCAAGAGGUUUUUCUAUACCAGAUUGAUGCUUAGCUCUUUCAUGCUGUCUGUAUGGUGGUAAAGAACGAUAUUAUUGGUUAGCAGGUUAUUUGUACAAGGCCACUGAUGCUACAGAGAAGUGAGAUGACAAGGAGGAGCUUGCAAUCCGGAAUGGACAGAUAAGUAGACUAUGGCAUAGUGGGAGGGAAGGAAAAAAGAUUUAAGCACUGGGAGCAAAGUGAAAUUGCUCCUGGGUUCAGCUGAACGCAGUGCAGUCCCCAUGAAAUCUAAAUUCAAAUGUUUCCAGUUAGAGGAUUUUGGAGCUGACAUGUUAGAAUUGGCCUAUCUUUGCUUUUAUUCUUUUGGUUCUAUUUCUUGUUUACCUUGUGUUGGGAUGAGAGAGGCGAGCAGAGGCAAGGGUGGGGCUCAGACUAGAUUAGUGACAGGUUAGCUUAGUUUUUCAUCUGCACUCAUCAGUAAGGGAUGUUCCAGCAAACAGAUCCCAAACAGUUUUCUCCAUAUUAGAACUCCAAUACAGCAUCAGCUACCCUACCUGCAGCAGGAACAACUAUGUCUGUGUAAGGAUGUACCAAGAAAUGGAGUAUGGAUGGAGAAAUGGAAUGGCCCAAACAGUGAUUACUGGGUUUAAUUGUAAUCAUUGAAAACGGAGACUGCCACAGCUGCUGUACAGAUUUCCGAUUAAAAGAGAAGAUCUACAAGCUGUUAUUUCAGCUAGCGGAAGUGCAGGAAACUCUCCUAUUGUGUAGGAUCAGGUCUGAGCAAGACGUGUAAUAUCCUUCUGGGAAGCUGAGGGAGAGCAGAGUUCCUGCCACUGCACGGAUACGUUCAGGCUGCCGUAUUUCCCAGACUUGAGCGACUUAUGACCAUUCCUACCCUGCCCUCCCCAUCCAGCAAUUCGUGACCCCUCCUCAACCACGGCGGAAUCCAUCAAGCCAACCCUCUGCAGAGUCGUCAUCUACUUGCAGAAGGAGAUGUCUGGGGACACGUGCCUGACCACCAUCUGCCGAUCUUCAGGUGCCAAGCCCAAAACCUGCAGCUUCAAAGAGGGUAGCCUGGGCAACAAGUAUGUGCGGCUCAACGUUGGGGGGUCCUUGUACUACACCACAGUGCAGGUGCUGACCAGGCACGACACCAUGCUGAAGGCCAUGUUCAGUGGCAGGAUGGAAGUGCUGACUGACAAGGAAGGGUGGAUCCUCAUAGACCGUUGUGGGAAACACUUUGGUGUGAUUUUAAAUUACCUCCGAGACGACACUAUUGCGCUUCCAAAAAACAGGCAGGAGAUCAAAGAGCUGAUGGCAGAAGCGAAAUAUUACCUAAUUCAGGGCUUAGUAGACAUGUGCCAGGCAGCUCUCCAGGACAAGAAAGACUCGUACGAGCCCGUCUGUAACAUCCCCAUCAUCACGUCUCCAAAGGAAGAAGAGAGGCUCAUCGAAUCCUCCAUGAAACCUGUUGUCAAGUUGCUUUAUAACAGGAGCAACAACAAAUAUUCCUACACCAGUAACUCGGACGAUAACUUACUGAAGAACAUCGAACUGUUCGAUAAACUUUCUCUCCGCUUCAACGGCCGAGUCCUCUUCAUUAAGGAUGUUAUAGGGGAUGAAAUCUGCUGCUGGUCUUUCUACGGACAGGGGCGGAAGCUCGCUGAGGUCUGUUGCACCUCGAUAGUGUACGCCACGGAAAAGAAACAAACCAAGGUUGAGUUCCCCGAAGCGCGUAUCUACGAGGAGACGCUAAACGUUUUACUUUAUGAAACUCCACGUGUACCUGACAACUCCCUGCUGGAGGCGACGAGCCGGAACCGAAGCCAGGCAUCUCACAGCGAGGACGAUGAGGGCUUUGAACUGCGCGACCGAGUGCGCCGCAUCCACGUGAAGAGAUACAGCACUUAUGACGACCGGCAGCUUGGCCACUAGCCUGCUGGCAGAGGACAAACGGUUUGCUUUGUUCAUAGAGCUUAGAAUAUGCAGAGUUAGUCCGGGAAGCAGGGGAUUGAUCCUCAAAUGGUUUCAGUGCUUUCUAGAGAAGCAGCUCGGUGUCUGGGCGUGCAAACCAAAGGCAACACUUAAGGCCAGAGGCUUUUAGAGUCAUUGUGACAUUUACUUGUGUACCAUGCAGUUCUUCAUGUGCCACGGAUGGGCGGGGAUCCCAAGGACCUGUCUGGAGCUCAUUUGUUCUGAUAUAGGUUGCAGUCACCAGGCAUUGUCUGUCUUGUGAGAAGCGAUGUAUUUUUAGAUUUGAGAAUGUUUCUGUUUGAAAACCCAUUGCCAGAGACACCGUAAGAGCUGUGUGCCCUGGAAUUGCUUAGUUUUUAAAUUCUGUUACAAAGGAUGCCCCGUGGGAUUCGAACACUAGCACAUUUAGCAAACGCUACCUCUCGCUGGCCAAGCUACUCUUUCCUUCUGGAGCAAGUAGUUAGAUUCCUAUGACAUGAGAGAGGGCGUUUCCCCUUUUGUGCAAGGAUCACCCCUAGUGCUGUAACUGCUUAGCCUGUCUCACUUUAAACCAAGUUUUUAGGACUCAAACUAACAAAUGGUCCAAAUGGGGGAAAUUUAGAGAGUGUGAUUAUUAAGAAGAAAAAAUCCUAAAGGUGAGGGUGUGGUGAAGCUUACAAGAAAACAGAGCCUGGGUGAAAUCAUAGGCAUAGUGGGACCCCUACCCUCUGGGGCGUUGGGUGGGGCGGGAAUCCUGUGUUAAUAGAUCCUGAGGAAUUGAGGGAAUCUCUCUAGAAUUAGUCACUAGAUCAAGAGGGCCCCUAAGCACUGCUUGGUGUCAUCUUUCCUCAAGCUAGGAAAAAAAUAGGGUGAUUGAGGGGAAAAUAACUAAAGUGUAGACCAAAGAAAGCUUCUUAGCGCAUUCACUCUCGCACAGUUGGAGUUGUCCAUGUUUUUCUGUUCUAAGUCCCCUCUGAGGCCAGGAGGUGGGAGUGGAGGGAUAGUGGCCAUUGCACCUUGUUAUAGAGUGGAGCUCUAUCUCUGCACAGCCCCAGGAGAGGGACUUUUUAUAUUUUAAACCGUUUCUUCAGCUGACAUUUUUUUAUAAUUAUGUUUUUAAAAAAAAUCUUUUGUGAUUCAAAUGGUUUUCUAAAC